GGGCGCGCUCGCAUGUGAUUGGCGCGCGACCAGGUUGCACAACGAGCAACAGCCAGGCUCAACAUGGGCAGACAACUAGCGUGCUGAACUACACAAUUCCCACUCUCCAUCACCUUCGCGCUCGUCGUCGCCAUGAGACAUCUGGCAGAGGGCAACAGCUGCGGAUGAUGAUGAAGCACUUCGUCACAUGAGCUCGUGACCAGCAGCUUGCAGCAAACACCCGAUCACGCCCAUUUCCGCGCGCUCAAUCUGACGCCGACAGCGUUACCACUACUCCACCCUCUCCCACCUUCGGCCUUGCAGCUCAUCAUGGAGAAAAUCCAGCUGGAGGCCCAGCACACGGACCCCGAUGUCCCCUUCCGCGCCACCGACAGGCACGUCCACCACACCUGGGCGAAAACAUUUCAGUCGCGUCCAGAACUCUACAUCCGACCCCGAAGUCUCGCUGAGGUGCAAAAGGUGGUGAAUCUCGCGCGCAGAUGCCGUCGCAGAAUUGUUGUUGUGGGUUGCGGGCACUCUCCGAGCGACCUGACAUGCACGAGUAGCUGGAUGAUCAACUUGGACGAGUAUCAGAGAGUGCUCAAAGUGGACAAGGCAAACAAGACACUACUCGUGGAAGGCGGUAUCCGCUUACGCAAACUCAAUGAGGAGGCCAACAGGCAUGGGCUGACCAUGCCCAAUCUCGGCAGCAUCGAUGAGCAAAGUAUUGUUGGUGCGAUAGCUACGGCGACCCAUGGCAGCAGCUUGUGGCAUGGCUUGCUCAGCGACUCUGUUCGAAGCUUGCGCAUCGUGCUCGCAAGCGGGCAAGCGGUGAAGUGCUCAAAGGACGAGAACUCCGACCUGUUCCGCGCUGCGCUGGUCUCGCUGGGCGCAUUGGGUAUCAUCGUCGAGGUGGAGUUCCAAAUGACCGAUGCUUGCAAUAUCGAGUGGACUCAGACGCUACGGCCGCUGGACGAAAUUUUGAACACUUGGGAUAACACUCUCUGGACUCAGAAGGAGUUCACUCGCGUCUGGUGGAUGCCAUAUAUGAAGCGGGCAAUCGUGUGGUCCGCAGAAAAGACGGACAAACCACUGCGUGCGGCAACUGGAAGCUGGUAUGGUGGCUCUGUGGGUUUCCACACCUAUCACAACCUUCUGUGGUUGUCGAAUUAUGUGCCAUCCAUUCUCCCUUGGGUGGAGUGGUUUGUCUUUGGCAUGCAGUACGGUUUCAGCCCUGGCACAACGACCUCUGCUGUUGAGCCUCUCCAAACUGGACUGCUCAUGAAUUGUUUGUACAGCCAGUUUGUGAACGAAUGGGCAUUGCCACUUCGUGAUGGCCCCGAAGCCAUCAGCCGGUUGUCAGCUUGGCUCAACGGGGAGCCGAAACGCAAUCACGAGAUACCUUUCUCCAACAAGGGUUUAUAUGUCCACUGCCCUAUUGAAGUCCGAGUCAGCGACACAACGAAAGACGGCGAUCGCGUCCGACCCUUCCUAGACAACACGGCCGAAGAUGGUCCUACUCUCUACCUCAACGCCACCCUCUAUCGUGCCUAUCUGCAAGACCCGCCCUGCAGAGACAGGUACUACGAAGCCUUCGAAUGGUUGAUGCGCGAAAUGGGCGGCAAACCACAUUACGCCAAGAAUUUCACUUUCACCUCCGCAGACGAGAUUAGUCUCAUGCUCGGCGAUGGACUCAAGCAGUGGACAAAAGUUCGCAACGAGGCUGAUCCUGAUGGGAUGUUCAUCGGCGAAUGGCAUCGCCGCAAUCUAGGUCUUGGUCAACAACGCUUCGCUUUCGAAGAGCGAGAAGUUGCGAGGACGAAAGCUCGAGAUGGUGGCCAACUGUGGAUUGGUGAAGUGUCCAAAGAGGCCGGCCUGCCUGCUGGCACUUUUAACGAAUCUCUCCCUCAGGCGCGCGAAGGCAGAUCAACGAGCCCGAGUGCGAGCUCGACUGCAAGUAGCUUUGACAUGAUGCACAGUAUGACUGGGGACAAGAGCUCUUUUCUGCAAGGCUCUGACUUCAGCGAUGCUGAGCUGACGGAUAAGGAUGAUGCAAGAUACCACGGAAACCCAAAGAAGGGACUGACUGGGACGGCAGUUUUCGAUAAAAUGUAAUGCUGCUCGGCAUGGUUAUGAUAUUGCGUGCAUGAAUGAGCCACGAAGUCAUGUAGCAUGAGACAAAAAUCUACUCUCGGCGUAUGCCAAUUCUUCAGCUCC